AUGUCGCUGGCAUAUCUUAUUUCGUCAUCGCGUAGCCUGCCGCGGCAGCAUCUGCGUCGGCUCAUCAACACCUCGUCCAAGUCGCUGCUGGCCUCGCAGACCACGCCCUUGGCGCAUACCCCGCGCGGCAUGGUCCUGGGCAUCCGCCGCGAGGACAAGAACCGGUGGGAGCGGCGCGCAGCCCUGACACCUGACCACGUGCAGAGGCUGAUCCGCGAAACCGGCGUCCAGGUGCUGGUGCAGCCCUCCAACACGCGCAUCUUCAACAACUCGUCGUUCGAAAAGGCGGGGGCUAUUAUCGAGGAGGACCUGAGCAAGGCCGACGUUAUCCUGGGCAUCAAGGAGGUGCCCAUCGACAAGCUGAUCAGUGACAAGACAUACCUGGUGUUUUCGCACACGCACAAGGGCCAGUCAUACAAUCUGUCCAGCCUGCAGGCGUUUCUGGACAAGAACCUGCGUGUGAUCGACUACGAGCUGAUGGUCGACCAGGAGUCGAAGCGCCGGCUGGUGCUGUUUGGCAAGCACGCCGGGUACGCCGGCAUGAUCGAUGGGCUGCAUGGGCUCGGCCAGCGGCUGCUGGCGCUCGGCUACAACUCGCCAUUCAUCCACAUGGGCCAGGCGCAUGUGUACCCGAACCUCGAGUGCGUGCACACCAAGCUCCGCCAUGUCGGCAACAUCAUCACCGACCAGGGUCUUCCUGAGGCAUUUGCGCCUAUGGUGUUUACGUUCACGGGUGCCGGAAACGUGACCCAGGGUGCGCGUGACAUCUUCGACAAGCUCCCACACGACAACGUGACUGUCGACGAGCUGCCCUUCAUUGCCAAGGACCGGUACAACGACCGGUACAAAAACCGCCUGCUGGCUCUGCAGGUCGGCGCCCAGGACUACGUCGAGCGCAUCAAUGGCGGCAAGUACGUGCGUGACGAGUACCGCGAGUUCCCAGAGCGCUACCGCUCGGUGUUUGCUGAGAAGAUUGCGCCAUACACGACCAUGCUGGUCAAUGGCAUCUACUGGGAGAGCAAGUACCCGCGUCUGAUGACGACGCAGGACCUGGCCAAGAUCCAGAAGCAGCGCGAGAUGCGGAACCGCAUGCUGGCCAUUGCCGACAUCAGCUGCGAUAUCGGCGGCAGUCUCGAAUUUAUGAGCCAUGCGUCGACCAUCGAUAGCCCGUUCUUCUAUGUCGACGCUGUCAACAACAUCGAGCACAAGGACAUCGAGAAGCCCGGUGUCCAGAUCAACUCGAUCGAUAACCUGCCCACCGAGCUGCCGUUCGAGGCCAGCCAGCAUUUCGGCGACUCGCUGUAUCCGUACGCCAAGGCUCUGGCUAUCGGUGAUCUGGCGCACCCGGUGCUCAAAAACGCAGUCAUCUGCGAGAACGGGCAGCUUGCUGCUCCGCACAAACACCUGGAGAAGCUUCUUCAGAACAAACCGCAGAUCCGUGUGGGCAGCGACAGACGCAAGCGUGUGCUGCUGGCCGGCUCAGGCAUGGUCAGCCAGCCGCUCGUCGACUACCUGGCGCGCAGCAGGGACACAGACAUUACGAUAGCCAGCAACAAUCUGGACGAGGCCCGCAAACUUGCCCACCAGUUCCCCGAUGCCUCGGCCACGCUGCUGGAUCUCAACGACAACACGCAGCUGGACAGGCUGGUCAAAGACCACGACGUCCUUGUCAGCCUGGUGCCCGCUCCCUUGCACCCACAGCUGGCAGACUGCGCGAUCCGGCAUGGCAAGCACAUGGUGACGGCCAGCUACAUCUCGCCUGAAAUGCAGAAGCUCGACGAACGCGCUCGCGCAUCCAAUGUCACAGUCCUGAACGAGAUUGGCCUGGACCCUGGAAUCGACCACUGCAGCGCAAUGAAGAUUAUCGACGAGGCGAAAGCCGCCAACGGCACCGUCAAGUCGUUCAUCUCGUGGUGCGGAGGGCUGACUGCCCCCGAGGACAGCGGCAACCAGCUGGGCUACAAGUUCUCGUGGUCGCCGCGCGGUGUCAUGACUGCCGGGCUCAAUGCCGCCAAGUUCAAGGUUAACGGGCAGCCAAAGGACAUUGUUUCGGGCGACCUGUUCCGGAGCCGGUUCGCCAAUGUUCCGCUUCUGCCCGGAUUUGCAUUCGAGGGUCUGGCGAACCGCGACAGCCUGCAGUACGCCGACAUCUAUGGACUCGACCUCAGCAAGAUGGACACCAUGUUCCGCGGCACGCUGCGGUUCCAGGGCUACUCGGAGCUGCUCGACUGCUUCCUCAGGCUCGGACUUCUGGACCUCAGCAGCUCCAGCCAGGUCGACGUAGAGAGCAGAUUCGCAUUCCUUGCAGCAGGUACUUGGCUGCUCUGGUGCCGGGUCAAUGGAGGCUAUCGUCGACGCCAUCUCGCGCAAGCUCGAGCGAGCCCCUGCAUGCGCCCACUGCCCUGGACGCCCUAUCCGCUGUCCUGCAAAAGUCGCUUGUGUACAGACCAGGGCGAGCGCGAUCUUGUGUGCCUGCACCACGAGUUCGGCAUCGAGCACAGCAGCGGCCAAUACGAGGUGCGCAACUCGUCCCUGGUGGUCUACGGCAACGCCGAGUCCGGUGUCACGGCCAUGGCACGUACGGUUGGUGUGCCUGCAGCCAUCGCCACGCGGCUGCUGCUGGAGGGCAAGGUCACGCAGCGCGGCACCAUCCGCCCAACCAUCCCAGAGAUUUAUAACCCGCUGCUGGAGCGUCUGGAAAAGACUGGUGUUGUGUUCAACGAGCACUCGCGACAGGGCAUUCACAACUCGCUGCAGCGCAGGAUGGCUUGGUAA